AUGAUUGCACAGUGUGUCAGAAAUGAUAGCAUGCUGCUGCUAGGACAGAGUCAGAGGUUAUUUUCCCGUUGUACCGUUUUAAAAGAGAAGGGUGCUUCUUCAUAUCAUUUCACCCCUCAUUCAAGAGGAUUUCUUCGAACAUCAUUACCUGAUGAUAAGCCACCAGUACUGUCACAGUUGUUCUUUAGUGUCGGUCAAAAAGAACAAGGUCAACAUAGGAACAAAGCUCGUCAACUGCCACAACCACAAUUACAGGAGAGGGACAAUGUGAGAUCCAAAUGGUCAAGUUACACCAUGCCGUCCAAGGAGGUACUAAAAGAACAAGAGGAAAAACAAAAGCAAGAGGAGAAACAUGCAGCAGCGCCCACAGAGGCACCUUCUAAAGAAGCUGAAAAUCCUGCAAGGCUGCGUAGAAGAAAAAAUAGAAGAACGUUGAGACCUCGUAAGGCCCUUAUAAGUUUAAGCCCUAGAGCUAUGACCCACCUAAGGUCAUUAUUAGAUCAACCUGAACCAAAGCUGAUCAGGAUCGGCGUUACAAAUAGAGGUUGUUCGGGUCUUUCUUAUGAUUUACAGUACAUUACAGAACCAGGGAAAUAUGAUGAAAUUGUGGAACAAGAUGGUAUUAAAGUGAUAGUAGAUUCAAAGGCUUUGUUUAGUGUUGUCGGAAGCGAAAUGGACUGGAUAGACGAUAGGUUAUCAUCAAGAUUUGUCUUCAGGAAUCCAAAUUCUAAGGGUACCUGCGGUUGCGGUGAAAGUUUUAUGGUGUAA